CUUAUUACGUCACUGUUGAUGCAGUAUUGAGCGGUUAUUGCACCUAUUGGAAUCCAAUAGUAGUGUGCCGCAGAGUUGCACUAUUUCACUGUUCUAUCCUCUUUUUUCAUAUUGUCCAAUUGCACAGUUAUUGUCAUUCUUGAAAUUAUGUCCCACCGUAAUUUUGUUCCGUUCCCUCUCUGUCGUCUCCCAUUUCUUGUGAAGAAGAGUGUUAUUCUCAAUAUGAACCUUGUCUUAAUAAUCGAUAUAUCUCUACUUUCAAAACGGAUUAUUAAAAGAUCGCUAUAGAUUAUCAGCUGAAUUUGAGCCGAAUAGUAGUUUAUUCGGUAUUUUUUGUCAAAACAGUCCUGGCGUCACACUCUAUGACCGCCUUAUCACGGGAAGUCUCGAAACGUUUAAAGAUCAAUUCGAAACAUCAGAAGACAGUCGAUUACAACCUAGAUAUAUUUUUGAUGAAGCCGUGUUUAGUGAGAAUAUCGAAGCCACGUAUUGGCAGGAUCAAUGGACUGGAGCAUUGAAGCUGACUACUUUUCUUCUAAACCUUUUCAGUAAUCCUCCAUUAAACUUCGAAGUUAACUUCGGUAAAGUGACUACCCAGAUUCAGUCAUUCAUUGACUGGCUUCUUCAUUAUCAACCGGCAUUUACCAAUGCUAGGUUCAAAUCAGACGAAACAAUUCCAGGACAAUAGGGAAAUACGCUCAUUAUUGGAGAAUAUAAAUGUGUCGGACAGAUUUAACUUUUUUAUAGAUUCAAGUGAGAAAUUCGAAUGCAAUAAAAAAUUCAACUUGAAGACAUUGAAUUUAUAUCCCGUUGUAUGUAUUAAGAACGUGCUAGAAUACCACUGUGAAACAAUUGUUAUUUCCAACGGAUUGGAUAUGAAAGAUCUAAAUAUUUAUAUUAAAGACUGGAUGAAUGGAAAUCAGAAGAAACUCAGUUGUUUGAAAGUUAGCAAAUUAAAAUUGAAAUGGGAAGAGCUGAUAGAAGGAAUCCCUUUUUCGCAUUAUUUUCCACGGCACGGAAUUCUACCUCAAGAAAAGAAAAUAAUAAUUGAAAGAUGAUGGUGUGAAAGCAACAAUACAAAUUCUUGUUUGGAAUUCCAAUCACCAAACAUUCCAAAUGAUUAUGAGUGUAGAACAAUAAUAAUAUGUACCAAAUGAGUGUUUUUUUAAACCUUUUUGCCUUAUUCGUUAACAAAUUUCUAAAUAAACCUUUAUGAUUAUCCUU